AUGAUCCUGAUCCGCGGUGCGAGUCUUCGCGCUGCCAGGACGGCGUCGAAGCCGGACUAUCUGGUUUUCGGGUCGGCCUUCGGCUUCGAAGCCCUCGCCAUCCCCCUGUGCACCGGGGGCGGACCUCUUCCCGGCAGGCACUGCAGCGUCCUGCUUGUUGUGCGCCCUGGCGACCUGCUUUUGCCCGACGAGGAGGAGAUCGGGACCUUCUACCGCCACCUCGACCCCAAGACCUCCUCCAAGCGGCACGAGGAGGAGGCGGCCAACGUUUUGAGGUUUUUCGGCAAAUGCGUGAAGGCGGAGUUGAACCGUGAGGGAAGGCAGUGGACGGAUGCGCCUCCUACCGCCAAAGUCCUCUCCGAACGUCUGGAGAGUCUUGCCGCCCACAUCCGUGAUGUGAGUUUCCAACGUCCAUGUCGCCUUGUCGCCUGGGCUAUCGUCGUCGAGGCGUCGACUCACCCUUUUCGUCGGCUCCAUGUGCUUCGGAUGUUGAUGCCGAAAUUGCCCGACAUCCUCAAGGAGGAGCUCGCCGGCACGGGGCUGUUGGCAGUCAACGCGUUCGCGUGGUCGUUGGAGCAUCUGGACGACGUGCAUCACAGCUACGAUCCGCUCAUCGUCGAGAACCCGAAGAUGGUCGGCUUGAAGGCGCUCCGACUGGAGCUGCUGCACCACGUGGAGAAGGCCGCGUCGAACAAAGGGGAGGCGGCGUCGACCGUGGGCCGUGGCGUCGGAACCGGCAUCGCUCUGGGUGGGGAGGAGGAGCACGAGAGGGAGGACGUCGAGGGGGGCGGGGAGCACGACGGUGGCUCGGAAGAAGAGGAGGACGUGGAGCGUGAGGAGGACGACGUGGUUGUCACCGGCGAAGAGGAGGCAGUGUAG